GUGCAUUUGUCAUUUUUUUCACUUGCUUUUUGAAAUUCAUAGGUAAAAAGGCUGGAAGUUCUCAGAAUUUAACUUCAGACACCAAACCGAUACAAGAAAAUAAGGGAUGUCCAAAAAAGGAAUAUGAAGCUGAGCAUGUCCUAGUAGGAAGGAGCAGCAGUUCAGAUGAACUGGAUUUGAAAGGCGACUUGCAGCAGUCGCAUGGAAAUCACCAGGAGAGAGAAAAGAGUGAGAGUGUGAGCAGUGACGCAUCCCUUGGCUAUAAUAACGAAGUGGAGAUCGCGCUUAUCCCCUGGCAAACGCCUGAGGAAGAGCAUGAGGUUAAUGCAUCAGCAGAUGUUUGUGUGGAUCCCCAGGUACCUCGCUGGUUUCAGCUUAGUCCUUCAGAUGCUACAAAUUUAACAGAUAGUAGUGAAUUCCUUGCUGAUGACUGCAGUAUAAUUGCUGGUGGAAGCCUUACAGGUUGGCAUCCUGAUUCUGCCGCUGUGCUAUGGAGGAGAAUCUUGGGAAUUCUUGGCGAUGUGAACAACAUACAGUCUCCUAAAAUCCAUGCAAAAGUUUUUGGGUAUCUCUAUGAGCUGUGGUAUAAACUUGCAAAGAUAAGAGACAACCUUGCUAUAAGUUUGGACAAUCAAUCUACUCCCUCUCCUCCUGUUUUAAUACCUCCUCUCAGAAUAUUUGCAUCGUGGUUAUUCAAGGCAACCACCCUGCCAAAUGAAUAUAAAGAAGGCAAACUUCAGGCGUACAGGCUGAUCUGUGCCAUGAUGACGAGACGUCAAGAUGUUAUGCCAAAUUCAGAUUUCUUGGUUCAUUUUUAUUUCGUGAUGCACCUUGGCCUAACAAGUGAAGACCAGGACAUCCUAAACACUGUCAUAAAGCAUUGCUCGCCUGCAUUUUUCUUCCUGGGCUUGCCCGGCUUUACGAUGCUGAUGGGAGACUUCAUCACGGCCGCGGCCAGAGUGCUCGGGGCGGACACGCCGCAGGCCCCUCGUUCAGAAGCUCACACCAUCCUUGGUUCUCUUGUUUGCUUUCCAAAUAUCUACCAAGGAACGCCGCUACUGCAGCCCAUUUCAGAAGCCGUCGAGAUCGUCACAGGAACUGCAGAUGUAAAAGGUUACCUCAUAAAUAUUUUAUUGAAGAAUGCUACUGAGGAGCCAAGUGAAGCUGCAAGGUGCAUAGCCAUUUGUAGCCUUGGAGUUUGGAUAUGUGAAGAACUCACGCAAUGCACAAACCAUCCUCAGGUGAAGGAAGCAAUUAAUGUCAUAGGCGUGACACUCAAGUUUUCUAAUAAACUGGUAGCUCAGGUGGCCUGUGAUGUUCUUCAGCUGCUAGUUUCCUACUGGGAAAAGCUUCAGAAGUAUGAAUGCUCUCUCCCCAGGAAGAUCACUGAAAUCCUUGUGGCCACUGUUGCAUUUCUUUUGCCAAGUGCUGAGUAUUCUUCUGUGGAAGCAGAUAAAAAGUUCAUAGUUUCGUUGUUACUUUGCUUAUUGGAUUGGUGUAUGGCCUUACCAAUGAAAAUGUUACUAGAGCCAGUGUCUGCUGGUGUUCUUGAAGACCAACAUACCUCCAGAGCUCCUUUACUGGACUAUAUUUACAGAGUUUUGCACUGUUGUGUUAAUGGCUCCAGUACCUAUACUCAGCAAAGCCAUUACGUGCUGAGUCUCGCAGAUCUCUCAUCCAGUGAUUAUGAUCCGUUCCUGCCGCUGGGGAAUGUCAGGAAUUCUGAGCCAGCCCAGUGCCAUUCUGCUACAGACGUGGGCAACCUCCUCACUGUGGCUGAGGAGAAAAGAAGAAGAAGCCUCGAACUGAUACCUCUAACUGCACGGAUGGUUAUGACACAUCUUGUGAACCACCUAAGCCACUAUCCGCUCAGUGGAGGUCCUGCAAUUCUUCACAGUCUUCUCAGUGAGAAUCAUGACAACUCGUAUGUGGAGUCUUCUGAGCUGUCUCCGGAAGUCUUCAGAAGUCCAAACCUGCAAUUAUUUGUAUUUAAUGACAGUACUCUUCUAUCUUACCUUCAGAUUCCUGCAGAAAACAAAGUAGAUACUGAGGCAGCAGUAGCCCCCUCAGAUGUAAGAGUAAUUGUCAGAGAUAUCUCAGGGAAAUACUCAUGGGAUGGCAGGAUAUUAUAUGGCCCUUUGGAGGGCUGUCUUCCACGGCAAAGUGGAACAAACUCAUUUGUGAUUGCAGGCCAUCCUGAGCACCAGUCUAAUUCGCUGGAAGAUCUUUCUCAAGUAGAGGAAGGAGAAGAUGCUCUUGACACAUUGCUGGAAAAGAUUGGUAGCUCUAGUCCCGAGUGCCUCUUGCAUCCCCAGGGAAAGCUCAAUGAGCCGUCGCCAGCACCGUUUGGCAUGAGCUGCGAUCAAGAAAAUGAAAUCAUUGAAGCUCUCAUGAGGCAGAGUGCCCAGGAAAAAGAACAUAUAUUUAAAUGCAGUUCUGCCUUUGGUAUAAAGGUAGCCCAUCAAGAAGAACCCUGCCCUGCUCGACCCCAAGCAUCAUUUUAUUUUUGUAGGUUGUUGCUAAAUGACUUGGGAAUGAAUUCCUGGGAUAGAAGAAAGAGUUUCCAUCUUCUGAAGACGAAUUCAAAAUUACUAAGAGAACUGAAAAAUCUGGAUUCCCGUCAGUGCCGCGAGACUCACAAGAUUGCAGUGUUUUACAUUGCAGAAGGGCAGGAAGACAAGUGCUCCAUCCUGUCCAAUACCAGGGGAAGCCAGGCCUACGAGGACUUCGUUGCUGGACUGGGCUGGGAGGUUGAUCUUUCAACACACGGUGGCUUUAUGGGCGGCCUGCAACGUAAUGGCAGCACAGGACAAACAGCACCCUACUAUGCUACCUCUACUGUGGAAAUCAUUUUUCAUGUGUCUACAAGAAUGCCAUCAGAUUCAGAUGAUUCACUGACCAAAAAGCUUCGUCACUUGGGAAAUGAUGAGGUUCACAUCGUCUGGUCGGAGCACACCAGGAACUACCGCAGGGGCAUUAUACCCACGGAUUUUGGAGAUGUUUUAAUUGUUAUUUAUCCGAUGAAGAAUCACAUGUUUUUCAUAGAGAUAAUGAAGAAACCAGAGGUGCCAUUUUUUGGUCCUCUCUUUGAUGGAGCGAUAGUGACUGCGAAGUUGCUGCCAAGCCUUGUAUGUGCCACGUGCAUCAAUGCCAGCAGAGCUGUGAAGUCCCUCAUCCCACUCUACCAGAGCUUGUAUCCUUUCUUCCUACUGAUGUGAUGCACUUAGGU